AUGUCGCAAAAGAAAGGAGUUUAUACCACACAGUCGCACGACACAAGUUUCCGUCGUACCUGGGACAAACAAGAAUAUGAACAACGUGCACGAGAUCGUGCUCGACGUGAGCAACAGUUAGAAGAGGAAGAAGAGCGAAAACGUAAAGGUCUAAAACCUAAACCAGCUGACGAUGCUUUAGAUGAAGAAGGACCUCGUGAUUUGCUUACAGCGCGUACAGAGAAAGUUGUACUCGAUGCUAACCUGAAUAAGACUCAGGUAGUUCAGAGCACCAGCAUUGCCUCGAAGCAACCAGGAUAUUAUUGUAAAGUGUGUGAUUGUGUGGUGAAGGAUAGUGUCAAUUAUUUGGAUCACAUUAAUGGAAAAAAGCAUCAAAGAGCACUAGGUCGAACCAUGAAAGUAGAGCGUAGUACACUGGAACAAGUGCAAGCACGACUGGCUCGUAUAAAAAAACAAAAAGAAGAGAAACCACAAGAAUAUGAUUUUGAGGCGCGUGUCGAACAAAUGCGUCAGCAGGAAGAGGAGGAGAAACGGAAACGAAAAGAAAAGAAGAAGGCCAAAAAAGCCAAGGAGAAAAACGUAGCAACAGAUAAUGAAGGUGAAGGAUUAGAUCCGGAAAUGGCAAAGUUGAUGGGGAUUCGGAACGACAAAAGUUUAAGGGAUAGAGGAUUCUCUCCAGUAUUUAGUGAGGAGGUUAACACAGUGUCGCGUUCUACGAAUAUUGUUAAUUUAUUGAUUGUACGCAUUCGAUCUAAAGAAGGAACGAGUCGCUUUGAGGUUGAUCCAAAUGACGAUAUUAUGGUGUUGGCUGAAAAAAUUGCAAACCAACUCAAAAUUGAUCUAUCCACACUUAGCAUGUCAAAGACGACGCAAGAUCAUAUACAAGUGACACUUGUUGCUGGAAAAAGCAUUGGUGAAUUAGGAAUAAACCACGGUGAUCUUAUAUAUAUAACUUUUGAAGAAGGCGCGAAAUCUGCUGGUAAACAGACGGCAUCAGGUCCAUUUGAACCAACAAGGAAUCUUAAUUCAUCAUCAGCAUUGAAUGUAAAGCAAGAAGCUGUAGAUGAUUAUCUAGAGAAACAGACUGGCUUUAUUCAACGAGAACGAGAUCCGAAAUUCUGUAAGCACUCUAUACAUGGCAUGUGUGAUUAUUGCAUGCCCUUAGAGCCAUACGAUGCUAAUUACUUGGCAGAGAAUCGGAUCAAACAUAUGUCUUUUCAUGCAUAUUUACGAAAAGUGCAAAAAGAAUAUAUAAAGACAACGAGCACCAAUGCCAAAUUUAUUCCACCUCUAGAAGAACCAGAUUAUCGUGUCAAGCAGAAUUGCUUGAAUGGUCAUGCUCCUUGGCCGGAAGGUAUUUGCACAAAAUGUCAACCGAGCGCUGUGACACUACAACAACAGCAAUUUCGGAUGGUCGAUCAUGUUGAAUUUUCGACGUCGAAUCUCAUUAAUAAUUUCAUUAAUUUCUGGAGAUCGACUGGAUAUCAACGUUUUGGAUAUUUAUAUGGACGCUACGAGUCUUAUCCUGACGUUCCAUUAGGCAUAAAAGCGGUUGUGGAGGCGAUUUAUGAGCCACCACAGGAAAACCAAGAGGAUGGAUUAAGUCUCAUUCUCCCAUGGAAUGAAGAGGGGUCAGUCGACGAGGCAGCUGCUGCUUGUGGAUUAGUCAAAGUUGGAAUGAUUUACACCGAUCUUGUGGAUGCGGGUGAAGGAAAAGUAAUUUGCAAGCGACAUAUUGACUCCUAUUUUCUUUCUUCCCAAGAAUGUUGUUUCUCUGCUGCGAUGCAAACUAAAAAUCCCAACAUCACGAAAUUGAGCGCCUCCGGAAAAUUCUCGAGUAAAUUCGUGACUUGUGUCGUAACGGGAAACGAAAACGGCGAGGUCGACGUGCAUGCAUAUCAGGUGUCUAUUACUUGUGAGGCGAUGGUAGCCGCGGACAUUAUCGAACCGAGUGUAGAGCCUAACGUGAUGCGUGUGAAGGAAAGUACUUCAGAGCGCUAUGUUCCUGAAGUAUUUUACAAAUACAAGAAUAAAUAUGGCGUGAAUGUUCAAGAGAGUGCGAAGCCUUGUUUCCCGGUCGAAUAUUUGUUAUUAAAUGUCACGCAUGGUUUCCCAUUAAACCAAACACCUCUUUUCACAUCACCGCAAAGCUUCCCGAUUGAAAAUCGUCCGGGAAUUGAAGUUCAAGAUUUCAAAACACUAAAGAGCCAUCUUGACGCUACCAAAAGUGACGAUUAUCUAGUGAAUGCAUUAUCGGAUUUCCACCUGCUUACCUAUGUCAAGAGUACAGGAAUAUUCGAUAAGAAUGAUUUUGAUAUGUUGGCAAAAAUCGCUGUCACACACUCCGAGUCUGAUGCUGCCGCCCUUUCUGAGAAUUCUGGGUGGCAGACAUUAUUGGCUAUAAUGCAAGACAGUGAUAAUGCGUUUAUAAGACCUCAAGAUAUAAACUUUGGCGCGACACAGAAAAUACCCGAUAAUGCUGCUGUUGCCGAUGUAAUAGCAGAAGGCAGCGCUUCAGCAGCUGCGGUAGGACAAUGGAGUUGUAGACAUUGCACAUAUAAGAAUCCACGCACUGUUGUUAAUUGUGAGAUGUGUGCAUUACCACGUGAUUUAUGA